AUGUCGGAGGAAAAAACUGAAGUGGAGACGUUUUUUGGGAGAUGUAGAUGUUGCCUCACAUAUGGCUACUUAAAAAACAUGUGGUUAGAACAUAAAUACAAUGGAAAUCCAGAAAUAUACGGUGAAAUGCUGGCCAAAUGUUUUGCGUUGACUUGGGAUCAUUCCGAGGACUCCAUAGAGCAGGACCAGAUAUGCGAGGCCUGCAUCGUUCGACUACGUGAUGCAUAUGACUUUAAGAAGGUGGUCUUGGACUCACAGGAGGAGCUUACGAAAAUGUUGGAAGAUGAAAAUCAUGUGAUCAUCAAAGAAGAAAGACUUGAUGAGCAACUCUUAGAGGAACAGGGAGAUGAUGACAAUGAUGAUAACUUAAGUAAUACGGAGACCGAAUACAUAACAUUCAACAAUGAUACGAUGGAGAGCAUCAAGGAAGAGGCUCCAGAGACCGAAUAUACGGACAUUGAGUACUUGGAAGAUGAAGUAGCCAACAUAGCCAAGGCUGAAGAUAUUAGCAUGGUUGAAGAUAAUACUAAAGAUAGUGUUGAUUCUGACUCAUCCCAAUCAUACAAACCGGAACCAGCUAAAAGAAAGAAAAGGCCAAGGGUUUCCGAACCUGAAGAUGAUGAUGAUGAGAGUGGUAAACCCAAAAGAAAAUGGCCACCAAAGCUCCCUAAAUCUGAGAGACACAAAACAUAUAAACAGUAUUCAGAAACUGAUCUACGGAAAUGUUUGGACGAGAUCCGUAGUGGAGCCCUAACGCCCGCUGAUGCAUCUGUUCAAUACAAUAUACCAAAGAAAACCAUCUGCGCUAAAAUGAAAAUGAAUUCUACAGAUGUCCCGAUUGACAAUACAACGCAAUCAAAAUUGGAAAGACGCGCAAAACGGCUAAGGAAAAAACCUACAAUGUUUAAAACUUCCGCACUGGACGAGAAAACAUUAAAACUAAUAGAAUGUAAUAAAGUAAAAAUGAAAGAUAUGAACGAUACAAAGGUUGCAAAGGAUCCAAUUGAUAAAAAUAAUGAAGUUAAAGAUAGAAAAGAUGAAACUAAAAUAGAGAUUACACUUGAACCUGUCAAAGAAUUUGAUCAAGUCAACGCAGAACAAGUCAGAACACGUUACAAAGCGAUAGUAAACGAUAAAUUCAAGAAAGGGACCAAGGAGUCAGUAAAGCAAGAAGUUAACGAAAUGAAUAAACAUAAAGAUAACCUUAAAACUAUACUACAUAAUUCUAAUGCCACUGUAAUAAAAGGGUACACGGGUCGCGGGUUUUAUUGUAAUUAUUGUAACGAACAUAGACGAUUGCCUUCAGAUUUGAAAAAACAUAAUUUAGAGGCACAUAGCUUAGUCGAAGACGUUAUAAAGGCGAAAUACGUGUCAGAUCUAUUCAUUAGACUUGAUAUAACGAAUUUAAAAUGUAGAAUUUGUAAUCUAAACGUAGAUAAAUUAGAAGAUUUGACUGCACAUCUAUCCAAAAUACAUGGUAAAAAAUUUCAUACGGAUAUCAAAAAUUAUUUCAUUCCUUUCGUUUUAGAUACAGAUACGAUGCAAUGCAUGAUUUGCAAGAAAGAUUUUAAACAUUUUAAGCUACUUUCUGAACAUAUGUGUGAACAUUAUAGAAAUUUUGAAUGUUCUCUAUGCGACAGAGCGUUUAUUAAUAAACAAUGUAUGCAAACACACAUUUAUAGACAUAGAAAAGGAGUUUUUAAAUGUUCUCAUUGUCCCAAAGUGUUUGAUUCUCGUCCUAAAAAGAGCGUUCACGAAAGAGUAGUUCAUGCUUUAUCGAGUAAAACUCGCAAAUGUUCCUUCUGUAGCGAGCGGUUCGGUACAACAGACUUGGUACAAGCUCACGAAGUAAAAGUGCAUGGGGUAAAACCAUUGGUAUUCUCUUGUCAAGCUUGCAACAAAUCUUACAAUAGCCAAAGUUCCUUAUUAACACACAGAAAACGCUAUCAUUUAAUGUUAAGGCCACAUAAAUGUUCAUAUUGUGAAAUGGCAUUUUUCUCCAAGAUUGAGUUGAGGUCUCAUACGGUAACACAUACGAAAACAAGGGAUUUUCAAUGCGAUAUGUGUUCGAAAUCGUUCGGGACGAAAUGUAGUUUGAGUCAACAUGUUAGGGGGCAUUUAGACGAUCGGAGGUUUAAAUGUGAUCGGUGUGAGCGCUCGUUUGUGCAUAGGACUGCUUGGAAAGGGCACAUGAGGACAAUCCAUAGUACUAUUGUCUAG